UUUACAUAUUCUUCUGCAGUAAACGCGUUUCUAUUGCGAAUUAGUUUGGUUAUUUGCGUUUGCCGUAACAGCAAGGUAUUGGAGGUCAGCAGAAGGAGCCGGUAGUUUUCAUGGAGGGGAUUGUGAAAGGGCUGUGGUACAAUUUCGUGUGAUUCCUAAAGCAUGUCUUUAAUCUUCUUACCUGCAUUAAAGUAUCUCCGGUCUUCAGGCGCUGCUGUGUUCUUAACUGUCUCCUGUUGCUUGCUGUAGGACAGACGUCCAUCCUGCAGCAGUGCUUUCCUCCUGCGUCCAUCCCACGCACUGUUGGAAGACCCCCUCCGGCAGGAACGGAGCUGGGACGGAAGGCCUUUCCUAUUAAGGCGCCCGUGAGAACGGGAACCCCAUGUCACAUCACUGUUACGGUAGCUUUUAAAUUGAACAAAGACGGGCCUGAACAGAGAAAGAACCAUGAGGAAGGACGUCAGGAUUUUGUUAGUUGGAGAACCCAGAGUUGGGAAGACAUCAUUGAUUAUGACUUUAGUCAGUGAGGAGUUCCCAGAUGAUGUGCCUCCCCGUGCGGAAGAAAUUACCAUUCCAGCUGAUGUCACUCCAGAGAGAGUACCAACGCAUAUAGUAGAUUAUUCAGAAUUGGAACAAACAGAAGAACAGCUUGAUCAAGAAAUAUCAAAAGCAAAUGUUAUUUGCAUUGUGUAUGCAGUCAACAACAAGAAUUCCAUUGAAAAGGUAACAAGUCGAUGGAUUCCUCUUAUCAGUGAAAGAACGGAUAAAGACAACAGAGUUCCUCUUAUCUUGGUUGGAAAUAAAUCUGAUCUUGUGGACCAUAGUAGUAUGGAAACUGUUCUACCCAUCAUGAAUCAGUACACAGAUAUUGAGACGUGCGUUGAGUGUUCUGCAAAAAACCUGAAAAAUAUCUCUGAGCUUUUCUACUAUGCACAGAAGGCUGUUUUACAUCCCACGGGGCCUUUGUACUGUCCAGAAGAAAAAGAGAUGAAACCUGCCUGCGUAAAGGCUCUGACACGCAUUUUUAGGAUUUCAGACCAGGAUAAUGAUGGAAUUCUUAAUGAUGCAGAAAUUAACCUUUUUCAGAGAACAUGUUUCCACACACCUUUGGCACCCCAGGCACUGGAAGAUGUUAAAAAUGUGGUGCGAAAGAAUAUAAGUGAUGGGAUUGCUGACAAUGGCUUAACAUUAAAAGGCUUUCUUUUCCUGCAUACACUUUUUAUCCAGAGAGGAAGACAUGAAACUACUUGGACUGUGUUACGGCGGUUUGGAUAUGAUGAUGAUCUAGAGCUCACACAUGACUACCUUUUUCCAUCACUCAAGGUUCCAUCAGACUGUACUACAGAACUGAACCAUCAUGCAUAUUUAUUCUUGCAAAGUGUGUUCGAUAAACAUGAUCUGGACCGUGAUUGUGCUUUGUCACCUGAUGAGUUGAAAGACUUGUUUAAAGUUUUCCCAUACAUACCUUGGGGUCCUGAUGUUAACAGCACUGUUUGUACGAAUGACCAUGGCUGGAUUACAUACCAAGGUUAUUUGUCUCAGUGGACGUUGACUACAUACCUGGAUAUACAGAGGUGCCUUGAAUAUUUGGGCUAUUUAGGAUAUUCCAUCCUUACAGAACAGGAGUCUCAAGCUGCAGCUCUAACAGUUACAAGAGACAAAAAAAUAGAUCUUCAGAAGAGACAGACACAGAGGAAUGUGUUCAAGUGUAAUGUUUUUGGGAUGAAAGGCUGUGGAAAGAGUGGAAUACUGCAGAGCUUUCUUGGACGAAAUCUUCUGAUGCAUAAGCAUAUCAGACCAGAGCACAAGUCUUAUUAUGCGAUCAGUACUACCUAUGUGUAUGGACAGGAGAAGUACCUUUUAAUGCAGGAAGUUGUUACAGAACCUGAAUAUUUGAAUGCUGCAGAUAUUGCCUGUGAUGUCGUCUGCCUCGUAUAUGAUGUCAGCAACUCUAAAUCCUUUGAGUAUUGUGCAAAGAUUUUUAAGCAACACUUUAUGGAUAGCAAAACUCCAUGUUUAAUAGUUGCUGCAAAGUCUGACCUCCAUGAAGUGAAACAGGAAUACAGCACAUCACCUUCUGACUUCUGCAGAAAACAUAAAAUGCCUCCACCACAAUUCUUCACCUGCAACACUGCGGAGUCUCCCAGCAAAGAUAUAUUUCUUAAACUAACAACUAUGGCUGUGUAUCCCCAUGCCCGGUUACGCUGCAUGUGCUCAUGCAACAGGUGUACGUUCUGCAUCUGUCAGAACCUCCUCAACUCAGACUUGGUGCAAUCUGUAAAGACCAAACUCUACACUGCAGUUCUUAACAGGUUAAGACCCUCUGCAGACGAGUUGGGUGCCAUCCUGUUAGCAGACGAAGAAAGCAGCAUCAUUCACCAGGUCCACCCUGUCAGCUCUGUUGAAAAUUCCAUCUUCAUGGAGUCCUCUCUCAGUCCCACUUUUUCUCAAAACAGGCACAUGACUCAGGCUGACCUGAAGAGCUCUAGUUUUUGGAUCCGUGCAAGCUUUGGUGCAACAGUUUUUGCAGUCCUGGGAUUUGCAAUGUACAAGGCAUUACUGAAGCAGCGAUGAUAAGAGAAAAAGCAGCCUGUUGUCCAAGAAAACCCUAGAGCAUCUUUCAUGUACAUUUGGAAUGUGUUCAAGUCUGCAAGGAGCAUUCUACAUUUUUAUUUAAAAAUAUUUGACAUGUAAUGGAAUCCAUUUGGUUCUGUCACAAGUUCUUUGUAUUAUGUUGAAAACUGAAAGAAAACUCUGGUGGUUUUUAUAUAUUCAGUGUUGCAUAACAGCCAUCAAACUUUGACAAAGUAUCUAAAGCUGCCAACCUUCAAGCCAAAAUGGACACUAUAUUGUAUAUAAUGUACAUAUCAAGGCACUUACAGUUGCCUUGAAUUGUGAGGUUAGUAAAAAAAUGCAUUGACUGCUGCUGCACAUUUUCAUGUCAGGAGUUUGUGGAUGGUCAGAAUUAUCAGAAUAGGAUUGAAUUCGCUCAUGGAUGUAAUUUAUUUAUUAUUUAUAAUCCACCCUUGCCUUUUGGUGUUUUAACUCUCUCUGCUUAGUAAAGCAGGGUACAAUGCACACAUUUGGGAUGUUCAGGUUGCAGCAUUUGUCUUAUUUUAUUUAUACAGAAAUCUUUCAACUGUAAUUCAAGAAAAGCAUAAAGUAGAAUGUUUUUGUUACAUAUUGUUACACUGUUUUAUUGGAUAUUUGGUUAAAUACUGUAAACAUUUGCACUGCAUUUUAAUUUCCUUGUUUCAUACUCAAAUUGCCCACUGCUGAACUAUUUUAAAAAUCUGUUGUGCACAGUUGUUACUGAUUAGAUAGUACUGGCUCACCACCCCAACACAGUAUGUUUUGCACUCUUUUAGCAAUAAUGGUGUACCAUUUCCUUUUCUGUGCAUUUAGAGAUUGCAGUCUGCCUUAUAGCCUUGUCAUCUACUGCCUUUCUAAGAAAUAAAUGUGUGCUGCAUUAUGUUUUUAA